GGCGGGGACAAGCGCUGAGCAGGAAAGAGGCGGAGCCUAAGAACGGCGACCACCGGGCGGGAGACACCCAGAGCGUGGGGACCCGGGAGGGUGACAGGAUGCCGCGGGUAGUGCCGGACCAGAGGAGCAAGUUCGAGAAUGAGGAAUUUUUCCGGAAACUGAGUCGUGAAUGUGAGAUCAAAUACACAGGGUUCAGAGACCGGCCGCACGAGGAGCGUCAGGGGCGCUUCCAGAAUGCCUGCAGAGACGGCCGCUCUGAAAUAGCUUUCGUGGCCACAGGAACCAAUCUUUCGCUGCAGUUUUUCCCAGCAAGCUGGCAGGGAGAGCCUCGCCAAGCCCCCACCCGUGAUUACGUGGACUUUGAAAGAGAGACUGGAAAGGUCCAUUUAAAGGCCCCGAUGAUCCUGAACGGUGUUUGCGUCAUGUGGAGAGGAUGGAUAGACCUCCAGCGGUUAGACGGGAUGGGCUGCUUAGAAUUUGAUGAAGACAGAGCACAGCAUGAGGACUCCCUGGCGCAGCAAGCCUUUGAGGACGCUCGCAGAAGAACCCGUGACUUUGAGGACAGAGAUCGCUCUCACCGGGAGGAAAUGGAGGUGAGAGUUUUACGACCACGCUGCCCUUAACUGAAUUUCUCUCUGGUGUAGGCUCGACGGCAACAGGAUCCCACCUCCGGCCUGGGCAGCGGAGAUGACCUGAAGCUACGUUAGGCCUGGCACGGCUUCCCUCAGUCCAGCGAUUGGAGAACACAAGCCUUUGACGGUUUCAUCUCAACCCUCCACUUGGAAGCCCCCAUGUCUGCACGCGUGCCUCCUGCACCCUUCAGAAAUGGUUCCUGUCCUUCAGUGCCCCCUCUCCCUCGUCUAUGCAAGCUUUUAGCCGCAUGCGAUGUGCACUCAGGCGGCUGUAGGCUUUACUUUACAGUUUGCUGAUAAAAUAGGUCAAUAAUGUGUUUUUGUUUUAUUUUAUUUUUUUUUUAUUACGGUUAAUUUUCUGCUGGUACGUAUCCCGUUGUACCGGUGUUAGGUCAAUUAGAAAAGCACCACUGACACGUUACACAGAGCCUUCUUACUGGACGGCUUGCUGCAGGAAGGGUUAAUGCUUGCAAUCACAAUAAUGCCUUUUAUCUAUUGUUUAAUUUUAUGUUAUUUUGUUAUUUACUUAAUGUUUGUUUUUAUUAAUUAUUUUAUGUCCUUGCAGAAUAUCUCUUAGGCCAGGGAUGCUCAACCUGCGGCCCUCCAGCUGUUGUAAAACUACAACUCCCACAAUGCCCUUCUGUAGGAUGAUAGCUGUAAGCUGUCAGGGAAUGAUGGGAGUUGUAGUUUUGCAACAGCUGGAGGGCCACAGGUUGAGCAUGCCUGUCUUAGGCUAUGUGCGGUCUAUUUUCCUGGCAGGGGAGGACCAACCACAGGUGGAACCUUUUUUAGGGUAUGUUCACACAGAGUGUUUUCGACGUGUAUUUUGAUGCGGAUCCCGCACCCAAAAACUGCACUGAAAAUGCUUGCAGUUCAGCUCCAUUGAAUUAAAUGGGGAAAUCGUUUAUUUCAUGGCGCUUUUUUUUCUUGCUUUUGGUUUCAAAAACUGCACUGCGGGAAAAAAAGAAGUGAUACAUCUAUUCUUGAGCUGGAUUGUGGGAACCACAUCAAAAAAAGUGUAAAAAUUGCAUUGGCAUAGAAACUGCAUCCUGAAGGAUAGGUCAUCAAUAAAAAAAGCCCGAACAACCCCUUUAAUAUCUUGGCCUGAUGUGGGGGAUGGUAUUACUGCUGCCAUGACGCGCGCUCCUUCGUGUAUUGCUAUCGGCACAGGGGCAAGCUAGCUUUGAGGCUAUGGAGGAAUUAAAUUCUGCGCACCGCUGCUCCAUUCAUCAGGCGCUGUAUGAAUGGAGCGGCAGUGCACAUGCCCGACCUGCCGCUCCAUGCAUUUUUUCGGGUACAGGACAAUCAUUCUCACGAUCGGAGGGUGUCACAGCAGUAGGACCGGAAGACCCCUUUAAUCUGCAUGCUUGCAGCAAAUGAAGCAACCUCCAGUCAGGGAAGUUGGAGAUCAGGGAAAUCAUGCUAAGAUUUCACCUCUUACCUCUGCAUGAGGUAUUAUGGAGGUAUCACUCUCUACAAGCAUUGUUUCUAGUGGACAUUACGGCGCCUCCCAGAGGCACACAGUGCUUAUAGGGUCACUAAGUUUUAAAAAAAAAACAA